AUGUCAUCCGCGGCACCGGUAACGGUUAAACAGGAGAGGCAUGAUGAAGCCGAAAUCAAGGAGAUGGCGGCAAAGAUAGUGGAGGCACACAAGCAACAAUCGGCAAAGGCGGCAGCGGCCGCAGUACAGCAGCAACAGGUGCCGGCCCGACCGACGGCCGUGACCACAACAGUGACGGUCAACGGUGUCACACCCGGCCAGACGAACAUACUGAACUAUUUGACGCGCAAACCGACCAACGCACCGGUGAACGCAACAGCGAAUGUUAUGGCGGCAGCGGCUGGCGGAGCAACCACCGUGGCCCUGCCACUGGGCAGUGGGCAAAGUGUCGCAUCCAACGGCAGUGGGAAAGCGUACGAUGGGGGCGGAUCGGAGGUGAAUGGUAGCGGGGAGAAGAAGGCGAACGACGAGGAAAGCCAGAAGGGCCACUUCGGCUGGGAGGUGUUCCCGGCCAAGGUGCACAUACCGUUCAUCUUGCGCCAGCAGGAACGGUACUGUGCGGUGCGCAUGGUGGAGAUGAAGCUGCUGAACAAAUAUCUCAACUACCUGCAUCAGGACAUCUACACGUGCACGUGUGUCCGGUCGUACUACAUCACCGAUGCGGAGUGUAAGCUGCUGAACGAGAUCAACCAGAAGCACAGCGACAUGCAGUUCGGCCGGGAGCUGUUCACGCUGAAGGAUCUCGUCGUGCGCGUGUCGGAUGCGUACAAAUUCUACCAGUUCCUGGAGGUGUGCUACAAGAAGCUGCUGAUGGGAUGCAGCACACCGAACGACAAGUGUGGCUUCAUCCGGAUCAACAAGGAAUCGGUGGUACCGUACACGGUGCGCGACUACCAGAAGAUGGUGCCGCUGUUCUACUUCGAGGGCGAAACCGAUAACCUGAAGCUGAAGGCGGACAAUCUGUCCGGGUGGGAUCUGUCGUACCUGAAGUUCUGCUGCAAGGUGCAGGGCAUUCGGAAUGAGCUGUUCGCCAGCGAUUCGGUCGCGGUAAUUAGUCUGACCGACAUCAAGGGCUACUUUCCGCCCGGGACAGAGUUUGAGGAUUACUGGCCGAGCAAGGUCGUCGAUUCGCAGCUGCUGUCCGGUCCCAAAACGAACACCAUCCACUGGACGCGGCAACCUGCACAGCCACCACCUAAGGCACCGACCAUGAUGAACAGUGCGCCGGCACGGAAAGGCACCAGCAACAACGUCUACCAGACGCUGCAAACGCAACAGAAUCUUGCCAAAACCAACAACCAAAUGAACAGUAUUACUGCCGCUGUACAGGCCCUUACCAACAACUGGAACAUGGUGCCAUCGAACCAUCCCAACCUGCUAUCCGCCCAACAGGAGCAGCUGUUACGACUUAGUCAAGCCCAACAGGCGGCCCAGGCGCAGGCACAGAUACGCAACAUCCAAAAUAUGCACUCGAUGCAGCAGUACAACUCUUCCCUGUACAAUGCCGCCAUGUCACUGACGUCCCGGUCGUCCCAAAAUCAACAGGUUCCGCCACCGCUGGUGCGAUCGGCACAGGUUCAAGCUCAUCUGUCGAGUGGUGGCAGUGGCGCAUCCUCAGUCCUUCGCUCGAGCACGAACUCCGGUAGUAGUGGCAAUGGCAAUACCUUACCGAACCUAAACCCCGCUCUGUCCAUAUUCGCAACCACCAGUAGUCCCAACGGCACUGUUAACCUAUCCCGCUUGAAUCAGCAACAGAUAAGCGAACUUACGAUGGCCAGUGCGCCCGGUAUGGUGAACGGUGGCGGCGUCAGUAACGGCCGUACAGCACCCGCAAAGACUAGCACGAAUCGAACCGCCGCUAGUACUGCGGCAGCUAUUGCUUCCCUUACUGCCGCGAUGUCAUGUGGCAGCAGGCCGAACACCACCACCAAUCUGGAUGGAUUUUCCUUAGGACGUAACGUAACCAUCACGCCGGCAUCUAAGCGAAAUUCCAGUGCGCUUGAAGAGUUUGCUGCGCGCACAAAUGUCGCUGCAUCGCUAGCCGGGUAUGGCAGUGCUGCGAAUGGCAGGCAGCAAUCGGUAGCGUACCCGAAGAAUCCGAUCUCAAUCACCGCGGUACCGGUUGGUUCGCCGACGCGUGCCUCACCGAAGGGUGGCCAGGCAAGGCAACCGCCACCGGCCCUGAUACCGGUCGGUGGUGGUAACGAGCUGCUGGAUGGCUACGUUACCAACGGUGUCGAUCUGUUGGCCCAUCUGCGUCUAAGUAAGGAUAUCGAGAUUAUAAACGAACGGUUGUUGGAAACGACGGGUCGUGGUAGCGGGGACAGUGACCACCGGCACGGGAAGAGCAGUAACAGCAGCAAACAUUUACCAUCGUACCGGGAAAGCACCACCACCGGCAGUAGCAGCAGUAACACUGGCUCAGUAGUAGUUCCACAGAGUGUUAUUGUACACGAUAGAAGUAGACCGGGUAGUAGUAGUAAUAGUAGGGUUGAGUAUACGAGAAAUCAGAGCGUUAUCACUAGUGCUGCUGGCGGCCGGCCAGCCGUUGGUGACAGUGAGUUUGCGAUUGGCAACGGUGCCAGUGACGGAAGAUCUCCCUACCUGAAUUUACUGCUCGGUGCGGGAUCGUGGGAUGUAAUCGAUCUAUCUUCUACCCCAAGGUCUACCAUGGCAGGUGCAUCAUUGCCGCAGCAUUUGGUUCAGCAGGCAGCAGCGGCAGCAGUUGCCCAACAGCAACAACAGCAACAGCAAUCACAAUCCGGCCGUCGAACGGCGGCAGCAUCCGCAUCGGCUGCCCUGUCCGGUAACCGAUCUAUCUCGAUCAGCUCGGCGAGCGGUGCCGGUGGCAGCGGCAAUGGAGCAAGUGCAAACAGUUACCGCAACUCUAGCGUUGCCGCGAUACAGCAGCAGCUACAGCAAGCCCAGCAGCAGCAGGCCCAGCAGCAGCAAGUGCAGCAUCAGCAGCAUGCGGCGGCAACUGCUGCGGCAGCGGCCGCUAUCAACAGUCUGGCGGCGGAAACCAGGCACGGCAACAUGAUCGUCCUGCCGGAGAUGAAUGUUGGCGUGACGCAGUACAAACCGUACGAGGUGGUGAAAAAACCGGUCGAAAACAAGAUCAUCUACUGUGUGAACAAAGCGCCAUACCGGAACACGGAGUAUCUGAUGACCAUAUUCGACCUGAAGGAUGUGUUCUUCCCGUACAUCAGUUUGGAUGUGUGCCGGCGAGUGCUGAACGCUUUAGAUAUCAGUCUUUUCCAAGGCAAUAGCUUGCAAUAUCAGGCACUGCAGGAAGCGGGCCGCACGAACGUGGACAAAAUGCCGAUGAUACAGGUGACGGACGUGAUGACGUACAUGCCGCAGCUGCAGUACAUGAUCCGCAGCAGCAACCUGAAUCAGGAAACGCAGGCGAACAAGCGGGCCCGUAUCAGCUAG